CCUGAACUCAUCGACGUUUGUCAAGGUUGCUAGAAUACAUCGGCAGCACAUUUUGAAGAAACCGAGGCCUAGCGAAAGUCCUUUUUUUGUAGAGGAAUUGCAUUACUCGAUUUAACGAUCAUUAAUCUCUUUUCAUCGUGAUCACUUUUUUUCUCCCGAGAAGAAUGUUCUGGAGUAUUUGUAGUAGCCUUUUUUGACACAAAAAAGAAUCCUACAGCAGGUUAUUGCCAGCAUGGCGGACAGAAGCAAAAGUCGGUUACGGUCCGUACGAAGGGCGACAUCUGUUGCUACAAAAAAUAUCGACCGGUAUCUAGCCCUACGCGCUGCCGAGUCCAGCAUAGGGUUUCCCGUAGGACGAGCUGUUCGGGCAACCGCAGAACUAAGAAAGUCGCAGGAUGCAAUAGUUCGGUUCGCCUCGUUGGGGUUCCGGGUAGUACCCAUUGGGUACGAGUUCACGGUACUCACACCCCUGGAGAAAAACAUGAAGCGCUUGGCCAGCAUGUUGGCCACGAAACCCGCACCUGGACAAGCGUAUGUUUACUACAAAACCCUGACCAUGACAUCAGCCGUGGCCCAGGAUGACAGGGAAUUGCUGGUGAAGCGAACAAUGACCAUAGAAAUCAUGUUUGUGUCGGAAACGAACGUCAUCAAGCUCGACAACGCGGACUUGAGCAUUCAAAGGGAAAAAAUCCGCUUGACGAUCCCGAAUGCCAAGCCUGUAAUCGAUUCCAUCCAAGUCUCUGCCACCAAAAUACUGAUCACUCUGGUGGAAUCCCCUCCGGUGGGUACUAUUGCAUUGCUCACGAUUCCGUUCAGCGCGGGUCCGAUUUCCUUCGACUUGGAUUCGCAAGGGAAAUUUUAUUUCCUCAACACCAUCGUGCUUCCCAGGAAAGACAAGGUUCCUUCCGACAAGUUCUUGCCGGGAUCGAAACUUCCGUUCCCGUGCUUUGAUGAUCCACGUCUCAGGGCCCCGCUUUUCGUCACAGUCGGACGCCCACAUGGUUCCAUUUCCAUCUCCAACGCGCCUUUGGUCGCCACCACGAAGAUGCUGAACCAGGCGGACAGGAAUCACUGGUCCUGGGACACCUUCUCGCUCACGUCGCCGAUGAAUGUGGAGGAGCUGACUUUCCUCGUGUCCAACAACAUGAAAGUCUUCACGCCCAUGAUUCAAGGCACGUCGACUCGUCUGUUGACGGAAAAGAGCAAAGAUGCGGCUUAUUACGAAGAGAUGAUCAUGCCGUAUGUGUCGGAAGUGGGUCGGCAAAUGGAGCUCAUUGUGAAAAUCAGUUAUGCUCCGAUGCCAACCGCUCUUGUCGUCGCGACGGCUCCGGAAUUGGCAGCGAUGAUUCCUGAAUACGGAGUUGCGAAACUGGGGGUCAUUUACGCACAUCCUAAAAAUUUCGGAACGAAAGGAUUGAAACCAGGUUCUGACCCGUUGAUGGAAACAUACAAAACAGUCGCUUCAUUGGCUCGUUGGGAUGCUGAAAUGUGGUUUCGUUGCGGGAUCUCAGGAGAAAACAACGCAACUUCUUGGUUGCAUCGAUCAAUGGCACAUUUGGUGUCGUUGGAAGUCGUUGGCAGUAUGGCUCCAAAUGUUCAUCGUGCGACAUAUUUCGACAUUGCCAUCCACGAAGUCGGGCUUCGAGAGGACAAUCGAGUCCCGUGCGACAUUUGCAUUUGGCAUCCCCAUCACUCAUGGAAAUACGAAUACGAAAUCGGGAAAGGAAUUUCCCUGUUGAAGAUGUUGAUGAAAAUUUUCAACGACGAAGUUUUCUGGCGCGCGAUGAAUCAGUACCUGACGUUGAACUGGCUCGAUACCGUCAGCGGUACGCACGAGUUUUUGAAAGGUCUUCACGAAGUCGUCAGCAGUACUCCUUUAGUGGCUGAUCGCAUCCCUGAAAAAACUACAAUUCACCUUUUGUUCCAAGAAUACUUCAAACCCGGAGAACGUUUCGUUCCGACCGUAACUGUGACGAGAAACUACGACACCAACUUUUUGACCAUGACGCAGACUGCUGUAAGGGCCACUGGCGUCGUUCAUUCAGCCAAGGCCUGUCCUGGCGACCCUCUCAAGGCGGUGGCUUCUACGGAAAAGAAA